AUCGCUUCAUAUCGAAUCAGUAUCAGUUACCUAGUCCAUCGAGUGACAACUUUGUCUCUUCUUGGAUUUAAAGAAAAAAACUCAAUUGAUUCAGUACACACUUCUAGUGUACGUUGAAGAUCACAUUUUUACGAAGAAGUGAUAGUAGUUGCUAAGAGAUUUGAGUAUAUGGUCGAUUCGAAAUAUCUUUUAUUUUAAAUACAACUCACUAAUAGUGAGAACGACUUUUUAUUAAUUAGCUUUUCGCCGGGAAUUCAGUGAUAAGAAGACAUUAAAAAUUCUGAUUUUGGAGCGAAAACGAUAGUGUGCUUUUGUCUUGCCGACAAAAGAACAUAAGGAUCUUCCAGUGAUCUUGUGUUUUAGUGCAAUUAACUUCUUUGUGAAAUUGAAUUGUAGAUUAUCUUGUUACAUAGAAGAUAUUGGGUAGAGAAAUCGUUACGAUCUGUUUGUGCUUUAAUAGAAACGAUCGAGUGAUCAAUAUACAGUGUCUUAUACACAACAUCAUAUCUGUUGAGUUUCACCAUCCACUCAACGUUUCUAGACAGCAUCUACACCAGAGAUCUGAAAACAGGGUCAAGGAGUACCCAAGUAUCGCUGCUUCAGACUAAAAACGUUUAUUCUACACGAUUAGCAACUGAUCGUCAACGACUUUCAAAAUGUUACCACCUCGAUUAAUAAGAAUAGCCUUAGUAAUAUGUAUCAUAGCCGUCUUGUUACUACAAACAGAUACAGCACAAACAAAGCGAAGACGAUUGCGCCGACCAACAACAUCUUCAUCAUCUGGGUCAAGAACAAAUCUUGUUGCUGUUAAGAAAAAUGCAGCCGCUAACCGAGCUCAAGCGGAAGAUCGCGUUGACCAGCAAACAUCAUCAUCAGCCCAAAGGUUUAGGGUAAGAUCGAAAACUCGAGGUGCAGCCGCGGCUGGAGGAGCCACAGCCUUGGCUUUAGCCUCAUCCAAGAGUAGUAAAAAGAGCAAAAUUGCUGAGAAGGAAGGCUACAAAGUUGUAUGCUACUACACCAAUUGGUCCCAGUAUAGACCCAAGGUUGGAAAAUUCAUCCCAGAAGAUAUUCCAGCCGAUCUUUGCACCCACAUCAUCUACGCUUUUGGUUGGUUGAAGAAGGGAAAGCUCAGCUCGUUCGAAAGUAAUGAUGAAACAAAGGACGGCGUACCUGGACUGUAUGACAGAAUUAUGACCCUAAAGAAGGCUAACCCUAAAUUGAAGAUCCUUCUGGCUAUCGGUGGUUGGUCCUUUGGAACGCAAAAAUUCAAGGAAAUGUCAGCUACAAGAUAUACUCGUCAAACUUUCAUUUACUCCUCAAUUCCGUUCUUGCGUAAACGCGGAUUCGAUGGUUUGGAUAUCGAUUGGGAAUACCCUAAAGGCAGUGAUGACAAGAAAAACUAUGUAUUCCUAUUGAAAGAACUUAAGGAGGCUUUUGACGCUGAAUCCCAAGAAGUGCGUAAACCACGAUUGCUCCUCUCUGCCGCUGUUCCAGUAGGACCUGAUAACAUUCGCGGUGGAUAUGAUGUUCCAGCCGUUGCUAGCUACUUGGACUUCAUCAAUUUGAUGGCUUACGAUUUCCACGGAAAGUGGGAACGAGAAACUGGACAUAAUGCCCCAUUGUAUGCUCCAUCCACAGAUUCUCAAUGGAGAAAGCAAUUGUCUGUUGAUAAUGCAGCUAAUAUGUGGGUCAAAAUGGGUGCACCUAAAGAAAAGUUAAUUAUCGGUAUGCCAACAUAUGGAAGAAGUUUCAUGCUAUCAAACCCCGACAAACAUGGGCCAAAUGCACCAGCCAGUGACGGAGGUAAAGCUGGAGAUUACACCAAGGAAGGUGGAUUCUUAGCCUAUUAUGAAGUCUGUGAAAAGUUGCAAAAUGGUGGUGUAUACGUAUGGGAUGAAGAAAUGAAGGUUCCAUACAUGGUUGAUGGUGACCAAUGGGUUGGUUUCGAUGAUGAACGUGCUAUCAGAAAUAAGAUGAACUGGAUCAAAACUAAUGGUUUCGGGGGCGCUAUGGUAUGGACAAUUGAUAUGGAUGAUUUUACUGGUACUGUUUGCGGUGGGGAAGUCAAAUAUCCAUUGAUUGGAGCCAUGCGAGAAGAACUUCUUGGAAUAUCUCGAGGAAAGGACGCGAAGGAUGUUGAUUGGUCGAAGGUUGCAGCCACAUUCGAUGAUGAUGACGAUAUAGAAUCUCUUGAAAAACCAGAACCAAUUAAAAUUUCUGUUGAAGAACUUCUCACUAAGGUCCGGAAACCAAGCAAAAAAAUUAAAGCUGGUUUGUCUAAUGUUGAAAAGAACUCUCGUCCUGGGCAAAUUUUCUGCUAUUUAACCAGUUGGUCAGCUAAACGUCCAGGAGCUGGAAAAUUCGAACCGAAUAAUGUUGAUGCCAGACUGUGUACUCACUUGGUAUAUGCAUUUGCCACUUUGAAGGAUCAUAAACUCACUGAAUCAUCAGAUGACGACCCUGAAAAUUACGAGAAAGUCUUAGCACUUCGUGAAAAGAAUCCUGACUUGCAAAUUCUGUUGGCUAUUGGUGGGUGGGCUUUUGGUUCAACCCCAUUCAAAGAGUUGACUUCAAAUGUGUUCCGAAUGAAUCAGUUUGUCUACGAAGCUAUUGAAUUCUUGCGAGACUAUCAAUUCAACGGUUUGGAUGUUGAUUGGGAAUAUCCGCGUGGUGCUGAUGACCGGGCUGCUUAUGUGAAUUUAUUACGAGAGCUCCGUGUUGCAUUCGAAGGUGAAGCAAAAUCAUCCGGUCAACCACGACUCCUCCUUACAGCCGCUGUUCCAGCAUCAUUUGAGGCCAUCGCUGCUGGAUAUGACGUACCGGAAAUUUCCAAAUAUUUAGAUUUCAUCAAUGUCAUGACAUAUGAUUUCCAUGGACAAUGGGAACGAACAGUCGGACACAAUUCACCUCUAUUCCCAUUGGAAUCCGCCACAAGUUACCAAAAGAAACUCACCGUUGAUUUCAGUGCCCGGGAAUGGGUAAAACAAGGCGCCCCCAAAGAGAAGCUUCUCAUAGGAAUGCCAACAUACGGACGAUCAUUCGAAUUAGUUAAUGACACACAAUUCGAUAUUGGAUCACCUGCAUCAGGUGGUGGUAAGCCCGGUAAAUUUACAAAUGAAGCUGGUUUCUUGAGCUACUAUGAAAUCUGUGCAUUCUUGGCUGGAAAAAAUACGACAUUGGUAUGGGAUUCGGAGCAACAAGUGCCAUUCGCUUACAGGAACAAUCAAUGGGUUGGAUUUGAUGAUGAAAGAUCAUUAAAGACAAAGAUGGAAUGGUUGAAAGAACAAGGUUUUGGUGGUAUCAUGGUCUGGUCGAUUGACAUGGAUGACUUCUCAGGACGCUGCGGUAGCGGUAAGUACCCAUUGCUCACAACUCUUAACCAAGAAUUGAGUGGGUACAAGGUAACACUAGAGUUCGAUGGUCCAUAUGAAAGUCAUGGCCCACGAGGAGCGUACACCACAAAAGAUCCUAACGAGGUAACAUGCGAAGAAGAAGAUGGACACAUCAGCUACCACCCCGACAAGAAUGACUGCACACAUUACUACAUGUGCGAAGGUGAAAGGAAGCAUCACAUGCCAUGUCCAGCCAAUUUGGUAUUCAACCCCUCCGAGAAUGUUUGCGAUUGGCCCGAAAAUGUCGAAGGAUGCCAGCAUCAUACGCAAGCGCCACCAGCUAAAUAAUUUAUUUAUUUCAAACAGUUUUUUGUUUUAUUUUAUAUACAAACAAUCUCUGGAUUGAUACUGCAAGGAAAAUUCGAUAAUAUUUUCACGUUUAUUUUAAACAUUGAAACACUUUAACUUAUUGUUUUGUUGGAUCUUUCUAAUAUCUCCAUUAGAUUCUGAUUCCGUUUGUAACACUUGCAACUUGUAUAUAUUCAAUUUAUCGGGGUUUGAGUUUAAAAAACGAACUGACUCCCACCUGCUUACCUUUGAAAUCUACAUUCACCCGCAGAAGGAAAACGAUUUAACGAAAGAAAAUAGAUCGAACGUGUUAAUAAAUUAUUUAAGAAAAAGUCUAGAGUAAGUUGUAAUGGUAAUAUAUACACAGCAGAGGACGAAAGAAACAAAGUAGUGUUACUUUAAGGCAAUAUGAAAAAUCGAUUUUCUCGUUUUUAAUCCGAUUUGAUCAUUGAUUUAUUUAAAAACUUUCAAACCGACUUUAAAGUCAUCUCAUUCAUUUCAUAUUUCUCGCUGUUUUAUAAUACCCUAAACAUAUACAUAUUUCACUGUAUCUUUCCAGUUUAACUUUUAAUUUUCUUCCGGAAAAUAUGCACGAAUUCUCUUAAAUAGAUAACUUUCUUUCUUGAAAACAGAUCUGUGAUAAAACACGUUAAAUAUAUUUUUUAUUUCGGUCGGUCGUUGGUUAACAGAACCAAGCAGAGCUGUUUUUCGAAAAUAACGAACAACAUUUACAAAUCUCAAUUCUAUCACUUUCUAUCUUUCAUAGCAACCCAUUACUCCAUUGUGUCGUUUUGUAUAUUUUUUAUAAAUAUUUUUAUUGUAAUUUUUGUAUUAUAGAUUUAUUGUACAAUAUGAAAAUAAAGAAAUGAAAAAUAACCAA